UUUGAAUAGAAAAGAGAUGACGUAUUAUAAUAAUUUAGCUGUCAGUAGCUCUUAACUUACAACUCAUGUUUGAAAUUUUGACACACCUUUAUUUUCAGUGUGGUCGCUUGGCUGGUGCCUCUGUAUAGUUUGAGGACGUGAGAGUGUGCAACUGCCCAAAUUAAACCGGUUGAGAGUGCAUUCUCUCAAUAAUAAUGCCCUAGUAAAAGUCAAAAACUAGCUUUAUUUGCUAAUGCUAACUCCUUCGGUAGAAUGGAGAUGGUUAUUGCCGUUACCUAGCAACCAGACCCGGCUGGUACGCGUUGCCGGUCCAGACGUUCAGCGCUCAGCCUGUAGGCUGCUAUAUUAUUAAUGAUGCCACAGAAACUAAACCUGUCCCAGAGGCCAUAUGUCAGGAAAGAGAGAGGCACAAAUGCUGUAGCUAGUUUCAAGAUGAUGUCAAGAGAGAGGGCACGGCUGUGGAUCGGAUCAACUUAAAACUAAAAGGACCAGUUCGUCACCAGAAGAAAGUGUCCAUGGAGGGAGAUCCGGAGGAAUCGGACGAGGAUGUUCAGGGCGAGGACAAGCCCACUGUGCUGUGGGAGAAGUGCAUUCAGCAGAGCAUCUUUGUGGACCUCAGUGAGGAUGAAAGUAUUCACCUCAGUGAUCUGGAUAGUUCCUUAGCUUUGCAUUUGUCCCAAGUGGAGUCGGCUGAAUCUGAAGCCAGCAUCCAUCUCAGUGGGAGCGCAGAGCUGUCUGGCUUGGAUGACACCUCUUCAGAAAGCGGCAGUGUCAGCAGUCAGAGUGUGGGGGUGGUAAAAAGCAAGAGCAGCAUAUUGCAUGAGUCUGCCCAAAGACCAAACACCAGGCGAGAUAAGCCGUCCAUAAACCAAGACCCAGGAGAAAACACCAGCGAUGAGGAGCACGACGAUCUACCAUAUGAUGGUGUUCUUGGAAGUCCCUACUUCAACCAGACAGCAGGCUCUGAGGGAAACACGAGCUCUAAUGGAAGACACACCGUUCAGGCAAGUCCUGAACUUCCUGAUGUGCUUGAUCUAUUGCAAGAGGACACAAGCAAAAAACAGGAAAACUUCUUUGAAGUGCACAAUCCAAGUGAAGUUGCUCCACCGGGCUCUGGCCCUGCGGAUAUCAACCAGUUAUUGUUGCGACACUUCUCCCAGGAGGAGUUGUUGAGGUCAGGGAGGCUGAUUGAAGCAGAGACCCUACCAGAGGUGUCCCUGCUGGAAAGUGUGGAUGACACGGCUUUGAGCUUGGCUUCGGUGUGCCACAGUGUCGCAAUCAAUAGAAGCCGAAUGGAGAGCUACAAUGAAAAGAGUCAUACUGUACAAAAAAAUACAUGUCUAGAGGAGGAGACAGAAAUUGAUCAUUUGACAUCUGCUGUUACUGAGAGCAAUUCAUCCAGUUCCAAAGGUACAGGUUCUGACCAGAGCAGUGAGAACAUCAGGACAGAUGGAGUGAAGCCAGAAAAGACAGAAGAAGACGAUCAGGUUCAGAGAGUCCCUCUGCUGCGCACCAGAUCCUUCAGUGAGAUGAAGUAUGGCCAAGGCCAAGUUCAUUACCCCCUGCCUGACUUCUCCAAAGUUGCCCCUAAAGUAAAAAUCCCCAAAACUCCAAGUGGAUCAUCCAGGUGUGUUCCUCAGAGUCCUAGCACCAUACAGAGAGCCCAGUCUUCCCCAGGCAUCUUAGAUGUUAUCAGCAGAGUCCUGGAGGAUUCAGUCCAGCCACCAGAGAAACCGUACGUCGUCAAAGCUGAUGAUAAACAAAGUCCUCCUGCACUGGUGCAUCACCUGCAGGCUGAAUAUGAUAAAUUACUGACCAAGUAUGCAGAAGCAGAGAAUCUCAUAGACCAAAUGAGACUAGGAACCAAUACUCAGCCUUCCUCAGAACUGGGACUUUAUUUAGGUCAUGAUGAUGAUGAGGAAGAUCAGGGUGACUUAACUGAAGGGAAUUAUCUUGAACACCUGCCUCCUCACUUUCCCUCAUCAGAAAACAUGUGUGAAAAAGAAGAAACCCCUCCUCAAAGCACCAUUAAGAAGGUCAUCUCUGUUAAUCCAAGCCAGCUCGAUGAUGGCCCCAGUGAUGGGGAACGAAUGACCAGUGAACUGAGAGACAUCAUCAGCCACUUCUUGCAGAAAGUGGAAGAAUUCAAAGUUAGCGUGAGCAGCAUGGCUCUAAGCACAGCAGAACAGCAAAUAAUAUUGAGGAGCAUGAUGGAGGCUCAGGAUCAGCUGGAAAGGAAGUAUAUCAGUAAGAAGGACGAGCACAGAGCUCUGGAGAUGCAGAAUUACAUGGGUCUGUCCAGGAACACUGGCACCUUUGACCCAAACAGACAAGUGGAGGGAGACAUAUUCAGGAUAGGGAUGUAUCUUGAGGACAUAAAGGAGGUGAUAGACAAAAAUGUCUGCGAUCAGAUUUCAUCGCCUCUCUCCUCCUCCACUCCCACACCUGUGACAGUGUCGCGACACGUAAACCCUGCUCCUGUCUGCAUGCCCACGCCCUCACCUCCGCCGUCCCUGCACGAGGGGCCAGGUGCAGGUUUUUCGUGUCACAUGGACACGCGGAGAGAGGAAUUAAAGGAGGAGGAAGUGGAGGAGGCCAGUGAGCUCCAUGUAGAUGUUGGAUUAGACCAAAGCAGUGAGAUCAUAAGUGCUGACUUUCCACUGCAAAACGCUGGAUGUAACAAGUGGCUUUCAGGGGAUUCACUGGGUUCUCUGAGGACCCGGGCAGCUGAGGAUGAGGAGGGCAAUGAAGAGGAGAGGAGCUCCGUUUUGUCAGAGGUGACAGAUCACAUUGACCCGAGUGGAACCAGAUCAACCUCAAGACAGAGGCGGUGGACGGCUAACAGCUCUAAGACCCUGGAUACGGUCCCCAGCCCAAAAGGUGAAUGUGAUCUGUUUCAUUGCGCGAGUCUGGCAGUGGAGGUCUCUUCUUCCUCUGAUGCACCCGGACACUCAGACAGCUGCAGCCUCUCAGAGAAUCCUCUCAACGCCUCAUCUGUAUCACAGGGACGGAGGAUUGUGAGUCCAGAAACAGACAGCGGCUUUGGGAGUUCUUAUUUGAAUCAAUCAGCCUCCGGAUCAUUUCAAGCAAACGUGCUCACGGAAAGUGUGCAGUCUCCAAAUGAAGGUCUAAGUAGCUCGGACAGUGAAGGCUCCUGCUCCAACCUGCAGACAGCCAUCCACUCAGCAGCCCUGAUCGACAUCCAGUGGGAAAGCUCCCACCCACCUGUCCAAAGGCAGCGCUCCGGAGCAGCGGCUGCAGUGGAGCUGUGGGUGGAAAGCACCACUAAGGAGCCUUCAGUCAGGCUGCAGGGAUCUGACCACGAGCUGCCUGCCCAGCUCCAUCAUCGCGCAUCUGAACCUGUACUCAGCACCUCCAUGGAUACUGAAGACAGAGGCAGCCCACUGAACUCCUGCUCUUGCAAUAGUGAGGCUAUCCUGGCCUUGCAGUCAGAGGUGUCUCGACUAAAGAAGAACCUGGAGGAGGGCUUGGUGCAGCUACCUCAUUUAGCACAGAAGAUGGACUAUCUGACCUCAAAGUACAAACAAGAACGUCAGGGGCGCAGGUCUAAAACCAGGAUUCACCCCAGACCAGCCGGUCACAGUGUGGAAACGUCAAGCAGCAGAGGUGUGAGUAACCUCAGUUCUAGUCAGGUGAAGAUAGAGGACUGGAUCUCAACAGACAUGGACCCCAGCAAGAGCAAAGGUACAAACAGUGGUGACACAAGUUGCUCCGAGAACAUGACGGAGCUCCAGAGUUCACCCGCAGGGAGCAGGAGACGGGGCAGAAGCGUGCAUUCAGCAGAGUUUGAGUAUGAACUUCAGCAGACAACGCAGUCCAAAAGAGGGACAUUUCAACGCUCCAGUUUAAAAGAAGAGAACAAUGGGGUUUCUGAAAGCAGUAUGAAGCAAAAACCACAAACCAUCAUGAAGAGUUUUUCCUCCAAGGACAGGUGGUCUCUUCUCUCCACUCCCUCUCUCCAGAAGCCCCUCCUCCAGGUCAGCUACGGCUCCUCCUGCAGUCUGCCGGCCAGCUAUAAAGUGAGGGAACCACAGCUGCAGUCCACCAGCCACCACAGGAAGCGCUCCACUCAGUCAGACUCAGCGCUCCUGCCCAGCAACGUGUACUUCCAGCGGACACUGUCUCCUGUGUCAGUGUUGUCCAAGACCGGCAGCAGGACGAACAGACGCAGUGUGAACAAGCUCACUGGAAAGUUUCCUUUGGUUUCCCAGGAGGAAGACAUGAACAGGACUCUGGAUCAAGCCAUCGAGGUGGCCCUCAGUAUGAAGAGGACCACAGACCGCAUGGCCAGGAGACUGUCUGCUGACUUGUCCAAGGCUCAGCUACACAGGAGACUUAACAGGAAGCAGCCACAAGGGGGCAGGAAACACCAGGCUUUAUAAAACCCACCGUCCAGCUCAGUUAAUAACAUUAAGGUCCAUCUUCUGGUCUAUAUGAUACCUCAUCACCUGAAGCCCGGGGUGAUUUUGGGGUGUUUACUCACAGAAAUCACAUGAAUCACACUGGAAAACGUCACUGUAUGUAAACAUUUUCAAAAUCCUGUUAUUCUGGAGAUUUUUAAAAAGUCAACUGAUAUCUUCUAAAGCCAGUUAAUUCUUUGAAUAAAA